AUGGAUCCCCGCAGCUGGGCCACGGAUCACAAUGUGGUGCCAUUUGGAAAAAAAGUAUCUACUCCUAAAUGCCAAAAGCAUUCCUCAUUUGCUUUUCUUAAUUGUGCAACAUGUGCUUCCUCUGAAGAACAACAAGGUCAAAGAUCUAUUGAAACCAUGAAAAAUGUCAUUCUAAAAGAUCUAGAAGAGCUAAAGAAAACCAUUUACCCUGAAUACGGAAAGAUUGAAUCUUACAUCCUAGAUCAACAGACGGAUAUGAAUAUAAACUCACAAAAUUUGACACAAGAAAUCGACCAACAUGGGAAACGCUUUGUCGAAGAAAUAAAUACAAUUAUUCAAGAACUGAAAUCUGACCUUCAUGAGAUGGAACUAAAUCACAAGUAUGUCUUACGAAAACAGAAAAAUGGAAUCAACCGCACCAAAUCUGAAAUCGAACAAAGAAUUGCUUAUUUGGAUGAGUUACUGAACUCAAAUGAUGUCAGUAGUGUCUCUGCCUACCAAUCUAGAAAUGCUGAAUUCAAAACUGAGCUUACUAAGCUUACAGUUUCCUUACCAUGUUUUACCCCUCACAAAAUUAGCAAAGAACAGCUUAACCAACAGUUUGGUUCUCUGUCAGCGUUAUCUAUCAAAACAGAAGAAAGUGAUUGUCCAUUGGAUUCCCUAGCUGCCGAGUCCUCUUCCCCAGGCAGACCGUUCACUGAUGCUCCAUUGAUCAUCGCAGAUAUAAACACCGACUGUGGAAAAUGGAAUCUACGCAGUGUGUCCUGUCUCAGUGAUGAGGAAAUAUGGACUUGUGGUGAGGACAACAUUAUGAGACUCUAUAACCUCCGGGGGGAACUAUUGAAAUCAACCAAAAUUAAUCCAAGUAACAUUCCGCAGGACAUAGCGGUAACAAGGCGCGGGAAACUAGUUUAUUCUAAUUACGAGGAAAGAACUGUGAAGAAAGUGAAUAAAAAAAAGAAGACAAAGACGUUCAUCAAACUAAAAGAGUGGAGACCUCAAAGUGUCUGUAUUACCUCCUCUGGUGACCUUCUGGUUAUCAUGAACAAUGAUGAAAAUGAACAAACAAAAGUUGCGCGUUACUCUGGCGCCAAAGAAAAACAAAGUAUUCAGUAUAAUGACAAAGGACAACCUCUCUAUUCAUAUGAAGAAGGAAAAAAGAUCUAUUCAUCUGGCUAUCGCACAAAAUACAUCAUCGAGAACAGGAAUCUAGAUAUCUGUGUGACAGACUGUAAAGCCCAUAGAGUUGUGGUGGUCAAUCAGGCCGGAAAACUCCGCUUUACCUACAAUGGUUUUUUCAAUAACAGGGGAUCAUUCUAUCCACGCGGUAUCACUGGAGACAGCCUUAGUCGGAUCCUAACAGCAGACUAUUACAACAAAAGUAUCCACAUCUUGGAUCAGGACGGACAGUUCCUCCGCUACUUUUACAUAUGUAGUUUACACCGUCCAUGGGGUUUAUGUGUGGACACCAGAGACAACCUCUUUGUGGCUGAACACUACACCGGUAAAAUGAAGAAAAUACAAUAUUAUAUGUAA